CGAGUCGGAGCGUUCCUUUAAUUUUCAACUCGUCUUCUCACUCACUCUCAUUCUCAUUCAUUCAUUCUUUUAAUUCAAUCCUAAACCCUAAUUUUCCCUCACUUACCUCUCCACUUUCUCAGCAAACAAACGAAAUUUAAGACAUCCCAUUAUCCCAAUUUUGUAUCUUUACUUUGUUUCCAUGGCGAAUUCAAAGCCGCUGAUGCCGGUGAGAGGCCAUGAAAGGUCGAGUAAAUCAACCAAGAUUCAAGAAGCAGGCAAGUUAUCCGAGAAUUCGAAUCCCAAUGUUUCUUAUAGUUCGUCUCCUUAUUCAAGCCCAGGGGCAAAAAUUGCAAAGCCCACAAGUUCUCCAUUAACGAAGUCGGCGAAAUUGCAGAAAUCGGUGCCCAGAAUCGUGAACCCACUGGCUCAGAAGAUUAACGAGAGGAAGUUUGUGGUGGCCAAGAAGAGGAGUAAGGAUGAGAAGAAAGAGGAGAAAGGAAAGGGGGCUUUGAGCUUGAACAUAGAGUGUAAGUGUAAGGGGAGAUUUAGCGGAGGUGAUGUGAAGAAAUGUCCCUGCGUGGCUUAUGAGAACUUAAGGGCUUCGCAAGAAGAGUUUUUUAAGAACAAGAGUAGGUUUGGUGAAGAGAAAGAUGGUGAAUUUGAAGAUUUUGAAAAUGUUGUUGGUGAAGAGACUAAGGGUGUUUCUGUGGAUCAGAAUAUUGAGGAUCAAGAUGUGAAUGUUAGUGAAUCAGCCGAGAAAAGUGGGAGCUGUACAAUGAAGAGGAGGAGGGCUAAGUUGCUUGAAGAGGCCAGAAAUAGCGUGCCUGAAUGUGGGAAAGUAUUGCAUUUGGUUAAGGCUUUUGAAAAGCUCCUUUCGAUACCAAAUUCGAAGGAAAAUGAGAAAGAGAGUGAGAAAAAGAGUGUUGUCUAUGAUGAUGAUAAUAAGAAAGCAAUGAAAUGGGCAUUACCCGGCCUGCAAGCUGCUCCACCUAAGGUGAAUGAUUCUAUGGAGUCUUCGGUUUCCUCAUUUAGUCCAUCCGAUUUGAUCUUGACCGCUGAGAAUUUGGGGUUGGAUUCAGUUUCUUCUUCAUGGGAUAGUUGUCAAGGAAGUACAUCUAGCAGGACUUCUAAUGGAGGCAGGAGAAGCAGGAGAAAUAGCUUUGAAUCAUGUGGGACAAUGAGAAGCAUAAGAUGGAAGCAGAAUCAGCUAAAAGCCACAUGCCAAAAACCAUUCAAACUAAGAACUGAGCAAAGGGGAAGACAAAAAGAGGAGGACUUUAUGAAGAAGAUACAAGAAAUGGUACAAGUGGAGGAGAAGCUGCGGAUUCCUGUAGCUCAAGGCCUUCCAUGGACAACAGAUGAACCAGAGUGCCUAAUUAAACCUCCAGUGAAAGAAAACACCAGGCCUAUCGACUUAAAACUCCACAGUGAUCUGAGGGCAAUGGAGCGUGCUGAAUUUGACCAUCAGGUAGCAGAGAAGAUGAGCCUGAUUGAACAGUACAGAACGCAAAGAGAUAGGCAGCAGAAGUUGGAGGAAGAUGAAGAAAUAAAAAGGUUGAGAAAGGAACUUGUUCCAAAAGCACAGCCCAUGCCCUAUUUUGACAGACCCUUUGUCCCCAGAAGGUCAAUGAAGCAUCCAACCAUGCCUAGAGAACCUAAGUUUCAAAUUCCAGCACAUCAUAAGAAGAUUAAGUGCUGUGAAUCAUGGAAUGAUAUGAGCUCUCUCACUUACCAACAACAACAGUAAAAGGCUAUGAAAGAAGACUAAAUUAGAACAACAUCUAGGCCCUGGUAUCAAUUUCUGAAUAAUGUUAAUUCUUGUCUUUGUUUCUUCUUUUCUUUUUUGGUUUCUGAAUUCUUUUCCUCAUUUGUAUAUGAAGCAACCAAUUUAGUUGCAAUUUUGAUGUCCACUGGUUUGUUUCAAGUACUAUUGGUGGACAAACUUGUGUUGAAACAUGAGGCUUUGACAUCAUUUGAAGAUGAUAUUCUUAUACUUUCUCA